UUCUUCCUCUGAGAAUCAUAUUAAAUCAGAGCUGUGGGCCAAGAUUUUUUCAAACACUUUCACUCUCCAUGAUGCAAAUUUUGUUCCUGUUUGGGAACUUCAUCAUCUCAUCCCUGGAAAUAGUGGUAAAGGUUCAGCAAGGUCAGAUUUUGCAGCCAUAAUCACAAAUUGUAAUGACUUACAGUUUCCUUUUUUUAUUGUUGAAUUUGAGAGAGAUGGUUUUGAAAUACACAAGGAUAAUAUUGUAGUUGUAGCUGAAGCAGCAUAUGAAUUCAAUCGUGUAUUAUCAUUGUCACAUAAUCCAUCAGAAGAAGUCAACAGAGCAAGGAUCCACAUUGGAUUGGUUAAUAAAACUAAUAUUCGUUUGAGUACCAUCAAGCCUAUUUAUAAACAAGAAGAGUCUACAUUUGUUUAUGUUCAUGAGGAUAAUAAACUUUCAUAUAAUCUCAAAACAGAAGAUAGUGAUACAAAUAUACAAAAUGUUCUAAAUUUGGUGACUUAUCUAAGGGAAACCAUUUGUGCAGAUGGUUUGUUUAUGCAGACAUUAUUAAAUCAGCAGCCAUUUAGAUAUAAUUAUAUGUUAGAACCGGUGUUGCCUAAACUACCCCUUGAAGCUGUCAAGUCAAGGACUCUCAAAACAAACUUCACACCUCUUGCAAAACAGCAACGAAAUAUAUUUGUUCAAAUGGAUUAA